AUGUUUCAGGGCAAAGAGGAGGAGCAAGAUGUAAAAGUUUCCCAAAGCAAAGGAAGGAAGAUGCCAAGGCCGUGCUCUGGCUUGCUCUUGAUUAGGGCUCUUUUCUUUCUUUUUUUUUUUCUUUUUCUUUUUUCAGAUCUGAGGCUGUCAGAGAUGACUCUGGUUCUGUCCAUGAAUAGAUUCUGCGAGCCCAUUGUCUCGGAAGGAGCUGCUGAAAUUGCUGGGUACCAGACACUAUGGGAGGCUGACAGCUACGGAGGCCUGAGCCCCCCGGGGCCAGCCCAGGCUCCCCUGCAGGGAGACCGGGGAGCCGGUCCCCCCCUGGCAGGAUCACAUUACAGGGGAAUUUCAAAUCCUAUAACAACAUCCAAGAUCACAUACUUUAAGAGGAAGUAUGUGGAAGAAGAGGAUUUUCACCCACCACUCAGCAGCUGUAGCCAUAAAACCAUCUCAAUCUUUGAGGAGCGAGCCCACAUCCUUUAUAUGUCCUUAGAAAAGCUAAAGUUUAUCGAUGAUCCUGAAGUGUACCUCCGAAGAUCUGUGCUUAUAAACAAUCUGAUGAAAAGGAUCCAUGGAGAAAUUGUCAUGCAGAAUAACUGGUGCUUUCCUGCCUGCUCUUUCAAUGGCGCCUCUGCCCAGGAGUGGUUUAUGGCUCAAGACUGUCCUUACCGGAAACGACCUCGGAUGGCCAAAGAGGAGUGUGAAAAGUUUCAUGCCUGCUGCUUGUACCAGGAAUGUGGUGGUCACUACCUAAAUUUACCCGUUUCGGUCAAUGCUAAUGUCGGAAGUGCCUCCACCACUGCCUCCUCUUCCUCCCCCUCCUCGUCUUCCUCUUCCUCUCCCCCUCUGCCUUUACCGAGCUGUUCCCACCAGGUGGAUUUUGAUAUAGGCAGCACACCUGUUUACAAGGGUGAUGGCCAGAUACCUGCCAGUGAAAUCUUUGUUACUAACGUCCGGUCACUUGGUGUUCAGGAAAAGGCCAAAUUAAAUGAUGAGAAAGUAAAUGAUGAUACCGACAGGGAUGGUGGCCCCCUGAGCCAUGGACCUGUGGGCAACGACCUUGCUUUUGAGGGCAAAGGCCAAUUUUAUGAUUAUUUUGAGACUGGAUAUAACGAAAAAAGCAGUGUAAGUGAGUCUUGGAAAAAGUCCUUAAGGAAAAAGGAGCCUUCACCGAGUAACAAACUGUGCUGCAGCAAAGCACAUAAAAUAUGA